AUGGAACACGGAGCGGAAGACAAAUGUUACGCUGAAGCGAACAAAUUAGCGGAAAAUUGCUGUGAAUUUCGGCAGACUGCACACGAUAUACUUGCAAGUAUGGAGAAUGCACUACUUCAUGGAUAUCACAACGAGCACUUGUCAUUCUGGAAAACAUCCCGCCUGUUGUCGCACAAACAUUUGUCCAGUUUUUACAGGCUGAUGAAUCUGUCGUUUGAUGCGGAAUGCUUCGAAUCAGAUUGUGUCGCUUCUGCUCAACAGUUAGUAAGUGCUAUGUUGAAUGAGGGGCACGCUGAGGUUCACGAUGGUGCUGUUUUAGUGAAGUCGAAAGAGCACGAGAAGCCAAUAGUUGUUCGGAAAUCCAACAACACAACACUUUAUCUGUCCAGGGAUUUAGCCUCUCUUCUGUCACGUGAGAGACAAUACAUGGCCGAUGAAUAUCUCUACGUGGUUGAUCAUGCCCAACGGCAGCACUUUCUCAACUUGAAACAACUUUUAUGUAUCAUGGGACGA